GGACUUCCUUCGGGGAUCCCGCGGCGGGGAGGUGAGGCGGGGCGGAGGUGACACGUAAGUGAGGGGCCGGGGAAGUUGCCUUUGUUCUUUUCAGGUGGCGGCGGCGGCCCACCGGCCGGGCGAGUCCCGUCGGCGGGGCUAGGCUGAAGCCACCGCCUGAGGAGUGCGGAGAGCUGCCGCCACCGCAGCUCCCAUCUCGCCGGCCGCAGUAGCCAGUGCCGCCUGUCGCCCCACCGCGGGAACCCAGGGGUCGGGACAGUUGGCCGGGGCCGCCCCCUCCAGCUGCCGGAGGGCCGGGCAGCCUCGCGGCCGCAGCAUGCAGCUGGGGCGCCCGCCCCGUGCUGCGCAAAGUCCCGCAGGCUCAGCUCCGACACGCAGGGCCCGCACCCAGGGGGAAGCUGCACGGGGAGUCGCGGCCGCGGCGGCGCCGCCCAGGGACUGAGGCUCUCGGCCGGCCCCUCUUCCCUUCACUCCCUCCUUCUCCCGGCGCGGGCCCGGGGCCUCCGAUGUCUCCGCCUCGUCGUCCGCCGCCUCCAGCAGCCUGUUGCUAAGCCGUGAGGGGCGGGGACCCUCGGGCCCCCUCCGGGGACAUGGGCAACGGGAUGUGCUCCCGAAAACAGAAGCGGAUUUUCCAGACCCUCCUGCUCUUGACUGUGGUGUUCGGUUUCCUCUACGGGGCGAUGCUCUACUACGAGCUGCAGGGCCAGCUGAGGAAGGCUGAGGCCACGGCGCUCAAGUACCAGCAGCAUCAAGAGUCCCUCUCAGCUCAGUUACAAGUUGUGUAUGAGCACAGGUCAAGAUUAGAAAAGUCAUUACAAAAGGAAAGGCUUGAACAUAAGAAAGCAAAAGAAGAUUUUCUUGUUUAUAAACUAGAAGCACAGGAAACGCUAAAUAAAGGAAGGCAAGACUCAAAUAGCCGGUACAGUGCACUGAGUGUACAACACCAGAUGUUGAAGAGUCAACAUGAAGAACUAAAGAAACAGCAUGCUGACCUUGAGGAAGAUCACCGAAAGCAAGGAGAAGAGUUUAGCAGAACAUUCAGUGAUCACAAGGAGCGAUACUUACAACUGCAGCAGGAAAAAGAGCAGGAGAUCUCUAAGCUGAAGGAAUCCCUUUAUAACUUACGAGAGGAGAACAGACAGUUGAGAAAAGCUCACCAAGACAUUCACACCCAGCUACAAGAUGUCAAGCAACAGCAUAAGAACUUACUCUCCCAACACAACCAACUUGUAGUGACAUUGGAAGACCACAAGAGUGCACUAGCUGCUGCACAGUCCCAGGUGGAGGAAUACAAACAGUUGAAGGACACACUCAACAAAAUACCAAGUUUCCGACAGCCUGAGAAGUUAGAACAACCAAAUGAUCAACCAGAGGUGCGAGUGCCAUCUCCCAGCAGUGACCUCCCAAGGCACCAUGAAGCUGCGACUGAAGAGCAGGAGAAUGAGAAGCCACAUGAGAGAGAAGAAAUAAAUACCCAGGAAAAAGAUGACAGAGUUGAGCCUUUUCAUCUGCAAAGAAGGCCUAAUGAGGGCCAGCAUGCCAAAGAACUAAAUACUCAGGAGCAACAAGAAGCUGGAGAGGGUGAUGAGCGACAUGUUGAUCAAGUUGAAGAGGAACGCAAAAAAGAACUUGAAGAAGAAGAAAUGGAGCAGGCAGGUCAGCCGGAGCACUUAGAGGAGGAACAGGAUCAGGUUCCAGAAGAGCAUGAAUGGAAAAAACAGGAACAGAAAGAAGAGGAAACUAACAUGUUGGGUGAUCAUGUUCAUUCAGAGGUAACAUCAUUGAAAGCUGUAACAAAUAGACAUAAACCAGCUUAUGAACAGCAACUACAGCAGCAACAUCUUGCAGCCAAGAGGGCUGAGGAGGCCAGUGAGCUACGAGAAUAUCAGGAAUCACUACACCAGCAAAGACUGCGAGGACAGCUGUUACAGCAUCAACAGCUUCAAGAGAGAGAGCUUCAACUGCAAAAACAGGCAGAACAAGGAGAGAAACUCUAUAAAAGCCGUCUAAGCCAACAGGCUCAUUAUGAUAAUGUGGACCACGAUAUUGUACAGGGGGAAGAAGAGCAAGGUAUUCAGGAAGAGGAAGGAGCUUAUGAACGUGACAACCAGCACCAGGAUGAAGGUGAAGAUGAUGAUCAAAAUAAUGCAAAUGAACAGCAAGAACCAGAACAUCAAGUAGAAAAUCAGCAGGCUGAUCAAUCAAAGGCAGCCAUGGAAGAUGUGAAUCCUGCUGAUGACCCCAACAAUCAGGGAGAAGAUGAAUUUGAAGAAGCUGAGCAAGAGAGAGAAGAAAAUGUACCAAAUGAAAAUGAAGAGCACAGGCAAACCAGUCAGAAACAAGAACAUCCAGGAAUGGAAGAGCACCUGGUGAUGGCAGGAAAUCCUGACCAGCAGGAAGAUAAUGUGGAUGAGCAAUACCAGGAGGAGGGAGAAGAGGAGAUACAGGAAGAUUUGACUGAAGAGAAGAAAAGACAACUGGAACGCAAUGCCGAAGAGCCAUAUGGCGAAAACGACGAAAAUGUGGAUGAAAAGAAUAACAGAGGGGCAGAUCAAGAGCAAGAAAUCCAAGAAAACAACCGGAAAGAAGUUCAUGAAGAAAAUUAUGAGGAGGAGGAGGAGGAAGGCAGAGCUGUUGCAGCAAAAACUCAUAGACGAGGGGAGAUGUAGUCUCCCUUUUUUCAGCAUUCAAAGCCCUGGUUUUGUUGUUUUGUUUUUUAAAAGCCGACAACUUUUUUAGGAUAUUUAAUUUCCAAAAAAAGUUUGUUUUACACUUUUUACUUUUCUAUUAGAUGCUCUCAUAUGUUUGUAUGAAUAUGGUAUUUUGAUACUCUAGAUUAGGAUUUCUUUUCUAUUAAAGCUGUACAUAAACAGCCAUCAUAUAGGUUAAA